CUCCAAUACAAAGAGCAGGCAAAGAGAGAGAAAAGCGCGGGUUUAGAGAGAGAAAGUAAGACAGAGAGAGACGCUUGGUGACUCUACCAGGUAAUAUAUGUAUGUAUAUAUAGACAAACCUAUAGAUACAGAAAUUUGUAUCUCUACGCCGACUCUCUCUUUGUCUACUUAUCAUCUGUGAGCUGUUUUUGUUGGUAACUCUACCUAUAGUUUUUUGUUGUUUAAAUUUGGUAAUUUGAGCCGUUUUUGGACUUUGAAUUUUGAGUCUCUUGUGGCUUGAAUCCCUACUGAUGCUUUCAGAUCAAGAUUGUGCUAGAUAUCCAAAGUACGAAUCAAAUGCCAUCACUAAAAAUGAAGACAAAUAUAGCCACAUCCAGUUCGAAAAAUGGUCUCCAUGUCUGUCCAAAGUCAAGUGUCAUAUCCAAGAGUUCUCUCUCUCGAACCAGGAGUGUGCAGAAUGCAGACGAAGUUGCAGAUCUGAUUCAUAGUACUCAGGAUGUUCCUAUCUACUAUAAAGUAUAUCCAAACCAAGUCGGAAGAAAUGGAGAUCAUGCUAAUGAUUUGCCAGAUGAACUGCUUGAAAAGCAACAGCCACCUAUUACUGGUUCUCCAAUCCUUGAUAAAAUGGAGUCUUCAGUAGUAACCUCCAAAUCAAGUUCAGAGACCAUCUUUUCACCUACUUUGGAGCCUGUUGGUGCACACAGUGAUUCUGAUCCAAGUGAUGGAGCAAGCAAUGAUUUUUAUGUACCCCAAUUGGAGACUGAAGAUAGUGAUAGCAGCAGAAGUUCGUGUGAACUUCAGACAUGCAAUGUUUCAGACUUCUACAUCUCUGAUAUGAUUGUUUCUUGUUUAGCCGUCGAGGGUGAAAACAUCUAUGAUGACAGUUUAACUGACAGAUUCUUGUCUGAUUACAAGUGUGAAGAGCCAAAUAUCUUCACUAAUGUUGAUGAGGAAUGCUUGCUGUUGCCUUUUCUUGAAGACACAGCAGUAGCUAGCUAUAGUCAAGAGUGCAGAACAUCUGGAGAAACUGCCGUUCAGUCGGAUGAUUCGAGCUUAUACAUGGCUAUUCACCAGCUCAGAUCAUCUGAACAAUCUGAUGCUUUCACAUAUAUAGAGUCCGAUGACCAAGCAGAAUGCUUUGACCCACAUAGUUUCAUAAGAAAUUUGCCAGACAUAUUAGAGAGGCCAAAUAUUUUGCCAAAACAAUCACGAAGAUGCAAAUCAAUCACCCUAGUACUUGACUUAGAUGAGACACUUGUUCAUUCUACUCUGGAGCACUGUGAUGACGCAGACUUCACAUUUCGGGUUUUCUUCAGCAUGAAAGAACACAUUGUCUAUGUGAAACAGAGGCCUCACCUCCAGAUAUUCUUGGAGAGAGUCGCAGAGAUGUUUGAAAUUGUAAUUUUUACCGCUAGUCAGAGCAUAUAUGCAAAGCAACUGUUGGAUAUUCUGGAUCCAGAUGGAAAGAUUAUUUCAAGGCGCGCAUAUCGUGAAUCAUGCAUCUUCUCUGAUGGAAGUUAUACCAAGGAUUUAACAGUAUUAGGUGUUGAUCUGGCAAAAGUUGUAAUUGUAGAUAAUUCUCCACAGGUUUUCAGAUUGCAAGUGAAUAAUGGGAUUCCUAUUAAGAGUUGGUUUGAUGACCCUUCAGACUCUGCACUAAUUUCUUUACUUCCAUUCCUAGAGAAACUGGCUGAGGCUGAUGAUGUCCGACCUAUCAUUGCUAAGAAAUUUGGUCAUAUGGAGAUAACUAUUGUUUUGGCCACCAAGUGGACUAAUCCUUAGGCUUCUUGCGCAAGGUAUAUAACAGUGCGUUAUUGCUAACAUUCAUGGAAAUAAAAAAGGUGCUUGUUCUCUGCGGUUGUCAUUAGAAGAAUAUGAGUGUUGAUAUGUGAAUAAACAGUUUGUGUAAGCAAGUAUGAGAGAUGUAUUAAUUUGGUAUUUGAAUUGGCAUGUAAGUUGAAGAUGAUGUGUUCACGGGAACGUUCUUUCAUAAGAAAUAUUAACAGGAAAAGAGGGAAAACAGUUCUAACUA